CGGGGGUCCAGUUUCUGCUGGUGACGUAAAAGCUGACAGAGGAUGGUUUCUCUGUGUGCGGCGUCCUCGAUCCCGGCUUCUUUCAGCUCGUUGUCGUUCACAUUCAACAAACCCUUUGCGGGAUGAAGACGGAGUCAACAGGCCAAACUUGUACAAACACAUGCACAGAGUGCUGACUGACGCACCUCCAGUCCAUAAUAUUCCCUCUCCAGGGUCUUGGUGUACUGGGGUAGGCCUAUCUGGCUCAGCCACCAAGCGAUGGAGCGAUUGUUCAUGUCUGAGUCGCAAACACAGGAAAGCCUCGCUGUUUGCACUGCAGCCGCUGCAGAAUGUAGCACCUACCUGAGGGCAGGGUCCGCCAGAGGAAACCUGGGAUCUCCAGUGCCUCUACAGCUUCCUUGUGAUGUCGCACUUUAUCCCGUCUUCCCUAUCUUGAAGUUGUCAUGUCUCCUAUUAGGUCUGUCUGUCAACUUUCUCUUAGCGGCAAAGCCUCAAACCUCAUGGCAGCCCACGGCAGGUAGCCAAUCAGAGCCGAGGAAUCGGCGUGAGCCCCCCUCCCCCGAGAGGUGGAAGGCGAAGCAGGUCCAGGCAGGAUCCCGGCAUGUGGUAGAUGGUGAGGCAGCUCUCGACGUGUCACAGGAAAAAGGAAGUUGCUCUAAAGCCGCCGACAGCGCGAAAUAACACCCACCACGGAAGAGAGGCGGAACAGCAAAGUGUGACAGUGAAGUCAUGAGAGGACGACACAAGCAGGCCGCAGACUGAAGAACAAUCGCAAGCAAACAAAGAUGGAACUGUGGCGUCAGUGUGGAAAGUGGCUCAUUGAUUGCCGGGUCCUGCCUGAGACCCACCGGGUCACAUGGGAAGGAGCGCAGGUGUGCGACUUGGCGCAGGCGCUGAGAGAUGGCGUGCUGCUGUGCCAGUUGCUAAACAACCUGCUGGCUCAGGCCGUCAAUCUGAGAGAGAUCAACCUGCGCCCCCAGAUGUCCCAGUUCCUGUGCCUGAAGAACAUUCGGACCUUCCUGGACGUCUGCCAGACCAAGUUCCACCUGAGGAAGAGCGACCUCUUCGAGGCCUUUGACUUGUUUGACGUUCGCGACUUUGCCAAGGUCCUGAACACGUUGUCCAUCCUCUCUCACUCACCUAUUUCUAUCGAAAGAGGACUCCAACCUUUCCCUUUAGGAGCAAACAUCUCCGAUGAUGACAUCUACAACGGCCUGUCGGACAAGAUCGACGACACGGUGGAUGAGGACGACGAUUUGUACGACUGCGUGGAUGACGAGGAGAACGAAGGGGAUGAAAUCUAUGAGGACUUGAUGAGAACAGUGGAACAACCCGAAACUAAGUCCGGAGUGGACAAGCGAGAGUGUUGCCUGCAGGAGAUCAAACAGACGGAAGGAAAGUACUCGGACACCCUGGAAUCUAUUUUACAGCACUUUAAGAAACCUCUGGAAAGGUUCCUCCAAGCUCCAGAUAUUGAGACCAUCUUCAUCAACAUACAGGAUUUAGCCCAAACGCAUGGGGAAUUCUUGAAGGAGAUCCGCACGUCCAUCCUAACCGGAGCCAAGACCCUUCACCAGGUGUUCCUGAACUACAAGGAGAGGCUCCUACUCUACGGACGUUACUGUAGUCAAGUGGAAACCGCAACCAAACAUUUGGACAAGCUGUCGAUUACGAGGGAGGACAUCAGGAUGAAGCUGGAGGAGUGUUCCAAGAGGGCAAACAGUGGACGAUUCUCUCUCAGGGAUCUACUCAUGGUACCCAUGCAGAGGGUUCUCAAAUACCCCCUGCUCUUACAGGAGCUGGUGAAACACACCACCGACCCUUCAGACAAAGAAAACCUGCGGACGGCUCUUGACGCCAUGCGAGACCUGGCGCAGUGCGUGAACGAGGUGAAGCGAGACAACGAGAUCCUCAGACAGAUCACCACCUUCCAGUUGUCCAUAGAGAACAUGACCCAGUCCUUGGCGCUCUUUGGCCGCCCAAAAAUUGACGGCGAGCUGAAGAUCUGCAGCUCGGAUAAAAAGUCCAAACAGGAAAGGUACGCCUUCCUCUUCGACAAAGCCAUGUUUGUGUGCAAGAAGAAGAGCGGCGAGACCUUUGAGCUCAAGGAGAUCAUCGACCUUCAUCAAUUCCAAAUCCGUGACGAGACUGCGGGGGAGAGAGACAAAAAGAAGUGGUCCUACUUGUUCCUUCUGCUGGACUCUCACGGGUUGAUUGGCUACGACUUGUUCUUCAAAACACGAGAACUGAAGAAGAAGUGGUUGGAGCAGUUUGAGAUGGCUAUGUCCAACUUGUGUCCUGAGAACGCCUCGGCCAACAGCCACGACUUCCAGAUGCACAACUUUGAGGAAACCACCUGUUGCAAGGCGUGCUCCAUGAUGCUGAGGGGGUCUUUCUUCCAGGGCUACAGAUGCACUCGCUGCAAAAUGGCGGCACACAAAGAAUGUUUGGGCAGAGUCCCAGCCUGCGGGCGCAGUUCAGGUGAGUUGCCUCUAAUUAGCAUAAUUACAUGUCCGCAGUUAACGGAAUUAUGGCCUCUCUGGCUCACAAUUUCAGACCAGGGAAGUGUUGCAAGGAAGAACAGGACACAGCGGUACUCUGGGAAUGCAGGAAUUGGGCUUCCGAAGAUGGAGGCUUGUCAAGAGUACUUCGGUUUGCCGCCGCCCCCUGUUGCCUUCGGCCGACCGAUUACCUUCUCAAAAGGCGAUGUCGUGGAGUUGACGCGUGCGGAGGUCGAUAUGUCGUGGUGGGAGGGAAGGAACCUGGCUGGCGGUCAGACGGGAUGGUUCCCCUGCAACAAAGUUCAACCGUUCGUGAGUAGGCCCACUCCCGACCUUUCUGCCUUCAGCUGGUUUGCAAGGAACAUGGACAGAUCGGCCGCAAAGAACCUGCUCAUGUCCCGCUCGGAUGGAACCUACCUGGUCCGACAGAAGGGUGGAGGGGAGUUUGCAAUCAGCAUUAAGUUCAACAUGGACAUCAAACACAUUAAAAUCACCUCCUGCGAUGGCCUUUUCCGCAUCAACGACAAAAAAGCCUUCAAGAGUUUAGUGGACAUGAUAGAGUUCUACCAGCAGAACUCGCUGAAGGAGUGCGUAAAAGACGUGGACACGACGCUACACACGCCUCACAAGCAGGCCGAACAGAGGAACUCGCCCCAUCGCACGUCCAACAACACGCUAAAAGAUGGCGUCAUGCGCAGCUUCAGCGUGGCCAAGGCCAGGUACGACUUCUCCGCCCGCGACCGCUCGGAACUGUCGCUGCGCGAAGGCGACACCAUCAACAUCCUGUCCAAGAAAGGCCACAGUGGGUGGUGGAAAGGAGAGGUGUACGGCAGGGUGGGCUUCUUCCCUGCCAACUACGUGGAGGAGGACUACUCCGAAUACAGCUGACCAAGUGGACCCUUGUAGAACCCGGAAUCAACAGGCUUCACUGGUAGUACAACUCCAGGUUCAUCCCAUCGUGGAUCUCGUCUGCCAAGCUCGCGGUCAAGUCAAACCCAUGACCAACUUCAUCAAGAUCAAAGUGCACUGGAGAUCGACUGAUUAUCGGCGCAGAUAUUUGGCAUUUUGAUCUUUAUCUGCCUUUUUUUUCUACAACUGAACUACAACAGCAGGUACAAUAUAUACACAUAAGUACCAUCCAUCCAUUUUCUACCGCUUAUCCCUUUUGGGUAUGAUUUCAAAUAUAAUAAAGUUGCGAGCACUUUUGAA